GAGAGAUUAGGGGAGGGGGUGCGCGGGGAGCUGCUCCUCCGCCCCCUCCCUCGAAAGCGGGCGGGUUCAAAGGCGGCUGGCUGCCUGGCUGGUCCCAAACCCCGCGCCCCGCUCCGACGGCCAAUGCCAGACUCGGCGGCGGCGGCGGCGGCGGCACCGUGCCACCGCCGGAGCUGCUACUACCGCUUGCCGAGGCUGCCUUGCCCUCAUUGAGCCGGCGGCGUCGGCUGCUGCUGCCGCUGCGUUAGUGCGAGAGCGAGAGCGAGAUUGUGCCGCUGCGACAGGGGAAGACGAGGCAAGGAGCUGGAGGGAGCGCACUGAGCAUGCGCCGCCCGGACCCGCUGGCUCCAGCGCCUCCGCCAAGGUACCCUGCUGGAAAAGGAAGAAAUAAAAGCCAGGCAUGAAAAUACCAGCAAAUAGAAAGGAGAUCUGGGCUGCAUAACGGAAGCGUAGGGCAGACAACGAUGCCUGCACGGCGGGGCUGGCUCGGAGAUCUGGCGCCCCUGGGCAAGUCUGAGCAUCUGGGCUGGGGAAGAAAGAAGUCAGGCAGCCAAGCAAGCAGCCCUCUUUGCUGCCUCGCCUGCCAGUACCGGAAUGAUGAUGUAGGAAUUGGGUUGCCUCUGAAGCUUCAGAGACAGGAACUGUACAAUCCUAUACUCUGCCAAAAAAAAUUGAUUGUAAACAAGAAGGAAUAAACUGAAGCAAUGCAUAAUAUUUUGAUGGCAUGAUAAAUCAGGAAGCGGAAAAGAGGAUGUACUAUGUGACUAGACAGACACCAGAUCAGAUCUGCUUUUGGAAUAUAUUUUCAGUAAGAUGUAUGGAUCUAUUUUUUCCUUACACAUCUAUCUAGAUCAUGAGACUUGACUGAGGCAAUAUUCAAAUCAUUCGUCCAUCUAUGGCGAACUACAGCCAUGCAGCUGACAACAUUUUACAAAAUCUCUCCCCUCUAACAGCGUUUUUGAAAUUGACUUCACUGGGUUUCAUCAUAGGAGUCAGUGUGGUGGGUAACCUUCUGAUCUCCAUUUUGCUAGUCAAAGACAAGACCUUGCACAGAGCUCCGUAUUACUUCCUGUUGGAUCUUUGCUGCUCAGACAUCCUCAGAUCUGCAAUUUGCUUCCCAUUUGUUUUCACUUCCGUGAAAAAUGGCUCAUCUUGGACGUACGGGACUCUCACUUGCAAAGUGAUUGCCUUCUUGGGGGUCCUGUCUUGUUUCCACACUGCUUUCAUGCUGUUCUGCAUAAGCGUUACCAGAUACUUAGCUAUCGCCCACCACCGCUUUUAUACAAAAAGGCUGACCUUCUGGACUUGUUUGGCUGUGAUUUGUAUGGUGUGGACCCUCUCCGUCGCUAUGGCUUUCCCUCCGGUGUUGGAUGUGGGCACCUAUUCGUUCAUUAGGGAGGAAGACCAGUGUACCUUUCAGCAUCGCUCCUUCAGAGCCAAUGAUUCUCUGGGAUUUAUGCUGCUUCUCGCCCUUAUCCUUCUAGCCACACAGCUUGUCUACCUCAAGCUGAUCUUUUUCGUUCACGAUCGCAGGAAAAUGAAGCCAGUUCAGUUUGUUGCAGCAGUGAGCCAGAACUGGACGUUUCAUGGUCCAGGAGCCAGUGGUCAAGCAGCUGCAAAUUGGCUGGCUGGAUUCGGAAGGGGUCCCACGCCACCAACCUUGCUGGGGAUCAGGCAAAAUGCCAACACCACAGGGAGGAGAAGGCUGCUCGUCUUGGACGAGUUCAAAAUGGAAAAACGAAUCAGCAGAAUGUUCUAUAUCAUGACAUUCCUCUUCCUAACCUUGUGGGGCCCGUAUCUGGUCGCCUGUUACUGGAGAGUUUUCGCAAGAGGGCCUGUGGUUCCAGGUGGAUUUCUAACGGCUGCUGUUUGGAUGAGUUUUGCCCAAGCUGGAAUCAAUCCUUUUGUCUGCAUUUUCUCCAACAGGGAGCUGAGGCGCUGUUUCAGCACAACCCUUCUUUACUGCAGAAAAUCCAGGUUACCAAGGGAACCUUACUGUGUUAUAUGAGGGAGCAUCUGUAAAAUCUUUAGCCUUGUGAAAACACUACCCUUCUCUGCUAAGCAAUUGUGGCCUGUUGCCAUGUCUGGAGAAGAAAAGGAAAAAAGGGGGGAGGGGGAAAUCAAACAGGGGCUGUCAGCGGUUGUAAGGAUUUGGGCAACGACGUCCUGCAAUCUUUGCAAUAGCUCAUCUCUAAUCCUAUUUCGAAACCUAAACUUGUUUCUGCUGGCCACUCGCGAAGGUUUGUAAAUUAAGAGUAAAGGACUGAGCCACUGCCCUGAAAUGCUUUGAUGUGGUGGAAAACCUAGAUCGUGAUUCAGAAAGUAGAAGGUGCUAAAUAUAUCAGCGCUCAAUGCUGUAUAUAUCACUACAUAAAAGUAAGACCAUCACAAAAAGAUUAAAAUUGGACAUCUGAAUCAGUUAAGUUUGACAUGAGGUUAAUGUGUUGAUGAAACUAUUUAAGACACUGGAUGACCUUUAGAUCAUUUCAUACAAUUAUUGUUUUUCAAAUACAAAAAUCUGGGGACUGUGUUAAGUCCUGUAACCAAUGGGAGAUGUGCCAUUUAGUAUUGGAUUAUCACCCCACAUUUGCCUUGUGAGUUCUGGGGAGCAUUACAAAGCAGUUUUGUGUUUUUGGGUUGUUGCUGGGGAGGUUUUCCCCUUAUUGUUUUUUCAACUUAGGUUUUAUUUUUCUCUAAAUACAUUCUUUGUCUUUCACCCACCCACCUGCUGCCAUUCGCCCCCAUCCCCCACGAAACGAAAUACUGGUUUGUUUGUUUGUUUCCAGGCUGAAGUAUUACUGGCAUAUAAUUGUGUUCUAUGUCUCGUUUGAUUUUUGUUUCUUUUUUAAAAAAAAAUCACGAUUUGCUAUAAUUUUUAUUGGAUGCAUUUUAUAUUUUCAAAAGCUAGAUAUCAGUCUGUUAGGCAACAUCAAUGAGAUUAUCCAAUCAUGACAAAGGAGUAAUCAUUACGCAGAAUAAACCACAUGUUGCCUUAAAGGGUUAUCUAGUAUCUUCCAUUUUGUUUAGCAUUUUAGAAAUAAGCAAAGAAAGUGAAUCGGUUAACUCCAGUCUGCCAUUUGGGAGUGCAUGAAAGAUCACUUAAAAUCCCUUCUUUCCUUUUUUAUUCUCAUGAUUCCCCAAAUCAGUAUGCUCAUCACUAGGAUUAUAUUCCCCCGCCCUAAGGUAUGUUGCCCAUUCUAAUUUGUUCUGAGAAACACAGGCAGACAAUGUAUGUUUAUAUUUUUAAGACAACUGUCAUUGGGAGACCGCAGCCUUAGUAAGAUAUAUUGCACAAUUUGUGAAGCAUCUAUUCUACUGAAGGCACAGUCUUGUUUAUACUUUCUGCACAUUUUGGUGUAUUGGUUGUUUCAAAUUAUUUCAAUUUUAACUUGUGAAAGCAUAUAAUAUGAUUUCUAGUAUUUUAGAAAAUACAUUAGAGUCUGUGAGUCUUUCCUUCUUUUAGAUACAGAUGUGUGGAUUUCAAUAUAAAGUUGCAUUUGCCAAAAUUUACCUGUGUAGCCUGUUAAUUUUCUUGGAAUAAAAUUUUACAUUUUUCCAGUUAUACAACAAACCUUUUAUUAUGAUUAUUAUUAUUACUAUUAUUUUGUUUAGUGAGCAUGACUUUUUGAGAAUGUAGCCAUUAUGGAUUAUUAUUCUUUGAAGUCACUGUAUUCCCAAACUGUAAAAUGCAUGAAUGAUGGGGACCACAGGAUUGAUAAAUGAUAUUCUCGACAAUA